AUGCCUGCAGGUCAGCCCGUGUCCGUCGCCACACUCGCGGGCAGAACCUACUGGAUGCAGCGCGGCAAAGUGUGUUUGGUCGCUGACGAAGGGGCGAACGGGGAGGACGGAACGAGCUGGGCGAAGAAGGACGCGACGCCCUCCGACGCGCAUGUCUCUGCGUCCCUAACCGCGUCUGCCCGAGACUUGCGGCUGACCUACAGGAACGAGCAGCACUGCACUACUGGCCCUGAGGCCGCCGUCUCUAUUCGAGAAGCAGAGCCAAACCGGAGGAGUAGGCAGAUCAGAGAGGAGGAGGACGAGCGAGAGAUGCCGCGAGCAUUAACUAGACUGGACCAUCACAGAGACAGCCCCACUCUGCCGGUACAGCGUAGCUUCGAAGCCAGGUUUCACACGCAGCCCGUGGUCGCACGCUCCUGUACGUCGCGAACACAGAAAGGAAACGCGACCGUGCCCACAAAGCUCCAUGUCGAGCACAGCGUCGGCCAGACUGCCCAGCACACUGCGCUGACGGCGAGCCGCAUCGGCAUCCUGACGCCGAGGCUCGAUCCCGCACUCUUGUGGUUGCCCUGCGAGCUCGCUCGUCCCCCCACAUCCCGACCUAAAAUAAAGCACCUUCUCGGACAUUCGAGCGCGCGCCGUAGUGCCGGCCUACGCGCUCCCAGCUCGGACGGAAUGGCGGCCCAUCAGAUAGUCUUCCAGGCAACCCUAAGCCCCUUUGCUUCUGCCGUGCCGAGGCCGGAAACAGCUUCGAGUGUGUGGCUCCGAGACCGAGCACGUCGUGCAGGCUACAUUGUCGCCUUGCGGGAUGAUCCCGACAAUCCGCUCGCAGACGCUACGACUUGUACCGACGGCGCUCCGUGCUUCGAGAGGAGGUCAUGCGGAAGAUCCACCUCUGUGCUCUCAUCGGGCGCGUUGUCGCGCUCUGCGCUCACCGUUCGCUCUCGUCGCCUCGAAACGGAAGUGGGUGUGGCCCCGUUGAUGCUCAUCGAGACCUAG